AAAACGGUCCGCCUUAUUGACCACGUCUUUAUUCUGACAGCAAGACCACACACUCUGGCUACUCUAGACACAGAGGAUAGGUCGCAAGUUGUCUUCACUCUUCUUACAAGGAUACUCCACAGCAAACUCACUGAAUGAAAACAUCUUAAUGUCUAUAACUUAAAUAUUAAUCACUGCAGAGUUCUCAAAAGUACCACCAAAUCCUAAACCAAGAACAAUGCCUCAGAAAGGGAAGGAAAGGGGAGCUUUAGAGCCUUCGAGAAAUCAACAUCACAAGACAACCAAAGCAGGUGGGCUCACUGAUGCACCAUCGGUAAGGAAGGACAGGCAAAAGCAUGAAAAGCCACAGACAAACCAGGUAAAGGUGGAGCAGGAGGAAGAACUUAGAUUCAAAUCUACUGUGGUGGAUAUAGAUAGUGUUAGAGAUGAUGAGAUCAAGAAGGAGGAGAAUCUGGGGCUGUUGGAAGCAGCGGAACAUGAAGAUGGUCUGAAACGCAGGAAUCUUGGCGAAUUCGAGUGGUUGCUGAUGGUCUUUGUCCUGGUUCUGGUUCUGCUCUUCCUCCCAUUUUCCAUCUGGUUCUGUGUAAAAGUUGUGAGGGAGCAUGAGAGAGCUGUAAUCUUCAGACUUGGUCACCUAUUGCGUGGGAAACCCAGGGGACCAGGCCUCCUUUUCUAUCUUCCAGUUCUUGAUGUGUGUUACAAAAUUGACAUUCGACUCAGAAUGCUGAAGAUUCCGCCUCACACGGUGGUGACAAAGGACCUGGUGAGGCCAGAGCUGGGCGCAGUGUGUUAUUACCAGAUAGAGAACGUGGCGCUGUGCAGUGCAGCUCUAUCCAGUCUGCACACGGUGCUGCAGAGUCUGGUUCAGGCAGCCAUCAGAGACAUUCUCGCCCAAAACACUUUCAGCCACGUACUGCUGCACAGGCGGAGGAUCGGAGAGCAGAUUCAAUCCACCGUCGAUUCUGUUGCAUGUCGCUGGGGCAUCAGGGUGGAGAGAGCAGAUUUAGAUGAGCUCAGUGUUCCUGAGGAGUUACAGCAGAGUUUGGCUGCAGAAGCUGAGGCCAAGAGGCAGCAGCAGAUCAAUGUAAAAGCUGCAGAGAGCGAGGCAUCCGGCUGGGACGGGUUCAGGUCCUCCCUCCGUCUCUUUCAGCCUGCUCUAGUCCUUCCCCUCCCUCCAGAUCUUCUCAGCAUGAACUCUGACCUCUCAUCCCUCCCACCACCUCCUCCUCCUGCUGUGGAAGAAGAGGGAGGGGUGACAACGGGGGUAUUUGGGAAAGACUCACCAAUGAUGUAACGGACCGCUGACAAACCAAAUGUGAGCAGCUUCUGUACGUUCACAUGGGGUUUCUCAACACGCAGGAAAAAAGUAAAUCAAAUGAAAAUGGAUUAAAAAUGAAAAAGGGGUGACAUCAGUCAAA